AGUUGCUGUUGCACUCUUUCCCAUUUUAUCAUCCAUUCCUAACUUGGCUCUCAUUGACCGUCUCUCUGUUUGGAACCCAAACUCUGCUCCUUUCAUUUCCUUGUUUAUUUUCAUUUGAUCCACCCUCUUCUUUGUUUCCUCUUAUUUUCUCACUUCCCAUCUGUUUUCCGUUUUCCAACGAAACCAAAUCCCCCCCCCCCCCCCCCCCCCCCCCCCCCAAAAAAAAAAAAAAAUUCCAUCUGUCUUAGUUUGGUAAUCUACUCUCCAAAUCAAAUUACAAGCAUUCCUUGAGCUUUCUCCAUUUCUUCACUCUCUACCCCUUUGCCAUUUUAUCAUCCAUUCCUAACUUCACUCAUUUCCAAUUUCACCACUGUUUCUUCUUUCCAUUUUCCUACUCACCAUCCCUCUGCUUGGAACAAAUACUCUUCUCCUUCCAUUUCUUGCGCUCUCUUCUUUUAGUUUCUUCUUAUUGCUGCUUUCCUUUGUUUCUGCCUUGUCUAGCUUCCCAUUUGUUUUCCAAAACCAAAAAAAAAAAGCAAAAAAAAGAAAAGAAAAAAAAAUCCAACGGAGACGAAAUGGCAGAGUGCGUUACCAUCAUCGGAACCAUUGCUGGAAAAAUUGCAGGAUGCUUGUUUGAUCCAAUUAAAAGCGAGCUUAGUUAUAUGCUUUGCUACCGCGACCACAUGGAAGAUCUCAAGAAGGAGGUUCAGGAGUUGAAGCAGGAGAAUGAUGACCUUCAGAUAACUGUUGCUGCAGCUAUUAGAAGAGGGGAUGAAAUCAGACCUAUUGUUAAAGACUGGCUGGAUCGGGCAGAAAAGAAUACAGGGGAGGCAGAGACAUUCAUGCAAGAUGAAAAGAAAAGAACCAAGAGCUGUUUCAAUGGGAGGUGUCCUAAUCUCAAGUCACGUUACGAUCUAGGCAAAGAAGCGAAAAAGAAGGCGGCGGUUAUUGUUGAAAUCAGAAAAAAACGCAUUUUCCCCCAUGGCGUAUCAUUUGGUGUCCUUCCAGGGAAUCUAACCUCUAAAAAUUAUGAAGCUUUUGAGUCAAGAGCCUCGACUCUGGACAAAGUUAUGGCAGCAUUAAGAGAUGAUAAGAUCAAGAGGAUUGGGGUAUGGGGGUUGGGCGGUGUGGGCAAAACCACGCUGGUCAAACAAGUGGCUAAACUAGCUGAAGAUGCCAAGUUAUUUGACAAGGUGGUGAUGGUCGCUGUAUCCCGAGAACAAAACUUGGAAAAUAUUCAAGCCGAGAUUGCAGAUUCCUUAGGUUUGAAUAUCGAAGAGAAGAGUAAAUCGGGAAGAGCGAAUCGGCUAAUUGAGAUAUUGAAGAAAAAGAAGCUCCUCAUAAUUCUGGAUGAUAUUUGGGCGAAACUCGACUUGGAGGCUGUAGGAAUUCCUUGUGGGGACGAUCAUGUAGGGUGUAAAAUUGUGGUGACUUCUAGAAGAAUAGAUGUCUUAUCUCAAGACAUGGGCACUCAACCAAAUUUUGAAAUCCGAAUUUUAUCAAAUGAUGAAGCGUGGCAGUUAUUUCAAAAGACAGCAGGUGGCAUUCCGGAAUUCGAUGUACAAUCCGUAGCAAGGAAGGUAGCUGAGAACUGUGGAGGUUUACCGAUUGCACUUGUUACCGUUGCAACGGCGCUAAAGAAUAAUAAGAGUUUGCCUUGUUGGGAUGAUGCCUUACGACAACUAACAAGUCCUGUUAAGACAGACAUUAGAGGAAUGGAUGAAAAGGUAUACAAAAGUCUAGAGUGGAGUUACCAUUCCGUGGAGAGUGAAGAUGCCAAGUUAUUGUUUUUGCUUUGUGGUUUGAUGGGUUAUGGUGACAUUUCACUGGAUGACUUGUUCAAGUGCAGCCUGGGCUUGGGUUUGUUUCAAGGUAUCAACACAUUGGACGGAUCGACAAAUAGACUUCAAGCAUUGGUAGAUCGCCUCAAAUCCUCCAGUUUGUUAUUAGACAUCGACAGAAAGGAGUAUGUGAAGAUGCACGAUGUUGUUCGCGACGUUGCCAGACAGCUUGCAUCGAAGGAUCCUCGGUAUAUGGUAAUAGAAGCCACGCAAUCAGGGAUACAUGAAUCCAAAAGGUGCGUUCACCUUUCUUUAAGUCACGAAGGUACCCUUGACCUUGGUGAAAUAUUGGACCGUCCCAAAAUUGAAUUUUUUCGAUUGGUCAAUGAAGGUCGACCUUUGAAAAUUCCGGACCCCCUUUUUAAUGGCAUGGGCAAACUCAAAGUUUUACACUUGUUUCAAAUGGAAUUUUCAUCACUACCUUUGUCACUUCAAUCCCUUGCAAAUCUCCGAACAUUGUGUCUUCACUGCUGCACGUUGGGAGGCGUUGCUGGAAUUGGAGAGCUAAAGAAACUAGAAGUUCUCAGCUUUUGGGGUUCCAAGAUCAAACAAUUGCCUAGCGAGAUAGCACAAUUGACCUGUCUAAGGUGGUUGGAUCUGAGCAAUUGCUAUCAACUUCAAGUAAUUCCACCAAAUAUCUUAUCAAACCUAUCUCAACUGGAGCAUCUUUGCAUGAAACCUUAUAGUUUUACUCAGUACAUGGAUGAGGAAAUUAAUCAAGAAAGAAAUGCUUGCCUUGCCGAAUUGAAACAUUUGUCUCGCUUGACAACUUUAAAUAUAGCAUUACAAGAUCUGAAGUUGCUGCCGAAAGACAUGGUCUUUGAUAAGUUGACAAGAUUUAAAAUAUUUAUAGGUGGUGGGUGGAGUUGGUACUCACCAUGUGAAACCAAAAGAGCAUUGAAGCUCUAUAAAGCUGGUGGAACCCUUCAUUUGGUGGAUGGGAUUGGCAAGUUGUUGAAGAAAACUGAAGAGCUCUCCUUAAGCAAAUCGAGUGGUACUAAAAGUGUUUUUCAUGAAUCAUAUAAAGAGGAUUUUCUUCAAUUGAAGCAUCUCGAUGUCCGUAGCAGUCCAGAGAUUCAAUAUAUUGUGGAUUCAAAGUACCCGCGGGUUCAAGAACACGUUCUCUUUCCUUUGUUGGAGUCAUUGCUUCUUCGUGAUCUGAUUAACUUGGAAAAAGUAUGCCACGGACCAAUUCCAAGAGGGUCUUUUGGUAACUUGAAAACUCUGGAGGUGAUGAACUGCCAUGGAUUGAAAAUUUUCCUAUCUCUUACCAUGGCUACAGGCUUUUUGCAUCUUCAAAAUAUAGAAAUAGGAGAAUGCAAUGUCAUGCAACAAAUAAUCGCAUAUGAAAGGGAGUCAGAAAUAAUAGAAGAUGGCCAUGGUGGGACAACCUUGCAACUAUUCCCCAAACUACGGUCUUUGAAACUUUAUAAACUACCAGAGCUCAUGAACUUCAGCUCUACGGUAGAAACUACAUCUUCCACGUCUCUAGCAAGGAAUGCCAGGUCGGAAGGCAAUUGUGAUAAUCGCAUGUCAUUUUUCAGUAACCAGGUUUCAUUUGCUAAUUUGGAGAAGUUGAUACUUCAUGAUCUACCCAAAUUGAGGGAGAUAUGGCAUCACCAACAUCCACCUGAGUCCUUUUACAAUUUGCAAAUCCUAGAAGUAUACAAUUGUCCAAGCCUACUCAAUCUUAUUCCAUCUCAUUUGAUACAGAGAUUCAACAAUUUGAAAAAGAUGGACGUGAAUAACUGUGAAGUCCUAAAACAUGUGUUUGAUCUUCAAGGACUUGAUGAAAAUAUUAGGAUUCUCCCAAGGUUAGAAUCCUUACAAUUAAAUUCACUACCUAAGUUGAGGCGUGUUGUAUGCAAUGAGGAUGAUGACAAGAAUGAUAGCGUGAGGUGUCGUUUCUCUUCUUCCACGGCUUUUCACAACCUUAAAUUCCUAUCCAUCACAAAUUGUGGGAACCAAGUUGAAGAUGAGGGACAUAUCAAUACUCCUAUGGAAGAUGUAGUGCUCUUCGAUGGAAAGGUUUCAUUUGCUAAUUUGGAGAAGUUGAUACUUCAUGAUCUACCCAAAUUGAGGGAGAUAUGGCAUCACCAACAUCCACCUGAGUCCUUUUACAAUUUGCAAAUCCUAGAAGUAUACAAUUGUCCAAGCCUAGUCAAUCUUAUUCCAUCUCAUUUGAUACAGAGAUUCGACAAUUUGAAAAAGAUGGACGUGAAUAACUGUGAAGUCCUAAAACAUGUGUUUGAUCUUCAAGGACUUGAUGAAAAUAUUAGGAUUCUCCCAAGGUUAGAAUCCUUACAAUUAAAUUCACUACCUAAGUUGAGGCGUGUUGUAUGCAAUGAGGAUGACGACAAGAAUGAUAGCGUGAGGUGUCGUUUCUCUUCUUCCACGGCUUUUCACAACCUUAAAUUCCUAUCCAUCAGACAUUGUGGGAACCAAGUUGAAGAUGAGGGACAUAUCAAUACUCCUAUGGAAGAUGUAGUGCUCUUCGAUGGAAAGGUUUCAUUUGCUAAUUUGGAGAAGUUGAUACUUCAUGAUCUACCCAAAUUGAGGGAGAUAUGGCAUCACCAACAUCCACCUGAGUCCUUUUACAAUUUGCAAAUCCUAGAAGUAUACAAUUGUCCAAGCCUACUCAAUCUUAUUCCAUCUCAUUUGAUACAGAGAUUCAACAAUUUGAAAAAGAUGGACGUGAAUAACUAUGAAGUCCUAAAACAUGUGUUUGAUCUUCAAGGACUUGAUGAAAAUAUUAGGAUUCUCCCAAGGUUAGAAUCCUUAUGGUUAAAGGCACUACCUAAGUUGAGGCGUGUUGUAUGCAAUGAGGAUGAUGACAAGAAUGAUAGCGUGAGGUGUCGUUUCUCUUCUUCCACGACUUUUCACAACCUUAAAUUCCUAUCCAUCACAAAUUGUGGGAACCAAGUUGAAGAUGAGGGACAUAUCAAUACUCCUAUGGAAGAUGUAGUGCUAUUCGAUGGAAAGGUUUCAUUUGCUAAUUUGGAGGAGUUGAUACUUCAUGAUCUACACAAAUUGAGGGAGAUAUGGCAUCACCAACAUCCACCUGAGUCCUUUUACAAUUUGCAAAUCCUAGAAGUAUACAAUUGUCCAAGCCUAGUCAAUCUUAUUCCAUCUCAUUUGAUACAGAGAUUCGACAAUUUGAAAAAGAUGGACGUGAAUAACUGUGAAGUCCUAAAACAUGUGUUUGAUCUUCAAGGACUUGAUGAAAAUAUUAGGAUUCUCCCAAGGUUAGAAUCCUUACGAUUAAAUUCACUACCUAAGUUGAGGCGUGUUGUAUGCAAUGAGGAUGAUGACAAGAAUGAUAGCGUGAGGUGUCGUUUCUCUUCUUCCACGGCUUUUCACAACCUUAAAUUCCUAUCCAUCAGAAAUUGUGGGAACCAAGUUGAAGAUGAGGGACAUAUCAAUACUCUUAUGGAAGAUGUAGUGCUCUUCGAUGGAAAGGUUUCAUUCCCUCCUAAUUUGGAGGAGUUGGUUUUAGAAAGACUUCCCAAGUUGAAGGAGAUGGAUGUUGGGAUCCUCUUAAAGUUAAAAAUCCUGAAGUUAGAGAAACUACCUAGGCUAAGACUUACGAUUGCUUCCAUGUUCAAGAAUUUUCACAAUCUCCAAAAGCUACAUAUCAUUGAUUGUGGGAUGGAAGACAGGGAGUUCUCCAAUGAAAAGGUUUCAUUCCCUCCUAAUUUGGAGGAGUUGGUUCUAAAAAGCCUUCCCAAGUUGAUGGAGAUGGAUGUUGGGAACCUUCCAAACUUAAGAAUCCUAUGGUUAGAGGAACUAUAUGGAUGUCUUUUGUCUAAGGUUUCAUUCCUUCCUAAUUUGAAGGUGUUGGUUCUAAAAAGCCUUCCCAAGUUGAUAGAGAUGGAUGUUGGGAACCUUCCAAAUUUAAGAAUCCUAAAUUUAGAGAAACUACAUGGAUGUCUUUUGUCUAAGGUUUCACUUUCUUCUAAUUUGGAGGAGGUAGUUCUAAAAAGUCUUCCAAAAUUGAAGGAGAUAGAUUUUGGGAUCCUCCCAAAGUUAAAAAUCCUAAAGGUUGGGAAACUACCUCAAUUAGUUUUGUCUUCUUCAAUGUUCAAGAAUUUUCAUAAUCUCAAAGAGUUAUGUAUCAAUGCUUCUACUAAUGAUAAAGUGCUCUUCAAUGAAAAGGCUUCAUUCCUUGAACCAAGAGCCUCCACUUUGAACAAAAUUAUGGAUGCCUUAAGAGACCACAAUAUCAACUUGAUUGGAGUAUGGGGCAUGGCCGGUGUGGGCAAAACAACACUGCUGAAACAAGUGGCGAAACAAGCUAAGCAACAGCGAUUGUUCACCAGACAAGUUCAUAUAGAUUUAUCCUCGAUUCCAGGCUCGGAAAAACUUCGACAAAGAAUUGCAAAAGCGUUGGGCAUCCCACUUUGGGAGGAGGUUGAAUCCAGAAGAGCGGAUGAACUGAAGCAGGCACUGAAGGAAGAGAAGAUCCUUAUUAUCUUAGAUGAUAUUUGGACGGAAGUUGAUUUGGAGCAAGUCGGAAUUCCUUCUAAAGAUGAUAUUUGGACGCAAUGCAAAAUAGUGUUGGCUUCGAGAGAUAGAGACCUAUUAUGCAAAGGCAUGGGCGCACAAAUUUGUUUUCCAGUGGAAUAUUUACCACUAAAAGAAGCUUGGAGUUUGUUUAAGAAGACAGCAGGUGAUUCCAUGGAGGAGAAUCUUGAACUGCGACCCAUAGCCAUUCAAGUAGUUGAAGAAUGUGAGGGUCUACCAAUUGCAAUUGUAACAAUUGCCGAGGCAUUAAAAGAUGAGACCGUGGCUGUAUGGAAGAAUGCCUUGGAACAACUUAGGAGUUGUGCACCAACAAACAUUAGAGCAGUGGAUAGGAAGGUUUACUCAUGUCUGGAGUGGAGCUACACCCAUUUGAAGGGUGAUGACGUUAAGUCAUUGUUCUUACUUUGUGGGAUGCUGGGCUAUGGUGAUAUUUCAUUGGAUCUCUUGUUACGAUAUGGUAUGGGUCUGGAUUUGUUUGAUCGCAUCGACUCAUUGGAGCAAGCAAGAAAUAGACUACUUGAAUUGGUGGAUUUCCUCAAAGCCUCAGGCUUGUUACUUGACAGUCAUGAAGAUAGAAACAAGUUUGAUGAAGAAAGAGCUUCAAGUUGGCUUUUCAUGGAUGCUGAUAACAAGUUUGUGAGGAUGCACAGUGUUGUUCGUGAAGUUACCAGAGCAAUUGCAUCCAAGGAUCCUCAUCCAUUUGUAGUCAGAGAAGAUGUUGGAUUGGAAGAAUGGUCAGAGACUGAUGAAUCCAAAAGGUGCGCUUUCAUCUCUUUGCAUUGCAAAGCUGUGCAUGAGCUUCCUCAAGGGUUGGUAUGUCCGGACCUUCAAUUUUUCCAAUUGCAUAACAGCAAUCCUUCAUUGAAUAUCCCGAACACAUUUUUCAAAGGGAUGAAAAAACUCAAAAUUUUAGAUUUGCCCAAAACGCAUUUUACAACGCUACCUUCAUCACUUGAUUCCCUUACAAAUCUCCAAACAUUGCAUCUAGAUGGGUGCAAGUUGGAAGACAUUGCUCUAAUUGGAAAAUUAACGAAACUAGAAGUUCUUAGCUUGAUGGGUUCUACAAUCCAACAAUUGCCUAAUGAAAUGUCGCGGUUGACCAAUCUAAGGCUGUUGGAUUUGAAUGAUUGUAAGAAGCUUGAAGUAAUUCCACGAAAUAUCUUAUCAAGUUUGUCUCAAUUAGAAUGUUUGUACAUGAAAUCUAGCUUUACUCAAUGGGCAACUGAAGGUGAAAGCAAUGCUUGCUUAUCCGAGCUAAAUCAUUUGUCUCAUUUGACAACUUUAGAGAUACAUAUACCAGAUGCCAAGUUGCUACCAAAAGACAUUCUAUUUGAGAACUUGACAAGAUAUGGGAUAUCUAUAGGUCCUUGGUGGAGGUUGAGAACCAAAAGAGCAUUGAACCUCGAGAAAGUCAAUAGAAGCUUACAUUUGGGGGAUGGAAUGAGCAAGUUGUUGGAGAGAAGUGAAGAACUAAAGUUCAUGGACUUAAGUAGUACUAAAUAUGUUCUUCACCCAUCAGAUAGGGAGAGUUUCCUUGAACUAAAGCAUCUCGAAGUUGGUCGGAGUCCUGAGAUUCAAUACAUCAUGGAUUCAAAGAAUCAACAGUUGUUGCAACAUGGUGCCUUCCCUUUUCCUCUAUUGGAGUCAUUGAUUCUUGUGCUUCUGAAAAAUUUGGAAGAAGUAUGGCAUAGCCCAAUUCCAAUAGGGUUUUUUGGUAACUUAAAAACUCUAAAAGUGUAUUCAUGUCCUAAAUUGAAAUUUCUCCUUUUGCUCUCCACGGCUAGAGGCCUUUCCCAACUUGAAGAAAUGAUUAUAGUAAAUUGCAAUGCCAUGAAACAAAUAAUCGCAUAUGAAAGGGAGUCAGAAAUAAAAGAAGAUGGACAUGCUGGGACCAACUUGCAACUAUUCCCUAAAUUGCGAUCCUUGGAACUCAACUAUCUAUCACAGCUCAUCAACUUCAGUUCCGAGUUAGAAACAACAUCUUCCACAUCUUUGAGUACAAAUGCAAGGUCGGAAGACUCAUUUUUCAGUCAUAAGGUUUCAUUCCCUAAGUUAGAGGAGUUGAUACUCAGAAAUUUGCCCAAGUUGAAGGAUAUAUGGCAUCAUCAACUUCCAUUUGAAUCAUUCUCUAAUCUACAGAUCUUAAGGGUGUACAGAUGUCCAUGUCUACUCAAUCUUGUCCCAGCUCAUUUGAUACACAGCUUCCAGAAUUUAAAAGAGAUAAAUGUGCAAUAUUGUGAACUCCUAGAACAUGUGAUUAUUCUUCAAGAAAUUGAUGGAAAUGUUGAGAUCUUCUCAAAGUUAGAAACCUUGAAAUUGGAGAACUUGCCUAGGCUGAGAUGGAUCGAAGACGGGAAUGAUAGGAUGAAACAUAUUUUCUCUCUUCUGACACUCAUGAAUAUUCAAAACCUUCAAGAACUACAUAUCACUAAUUGUAGUAUGGAAGACCUACGGAAGAUGUAGUACUCUUUUGUGAGAAGGUACACUGGAUAUACUUUAUGUUCUGCCCUAUUUGAGAUGAAGUAUAGAUGCAGCCUUUGAAAGAGAAACUAUUAAUGAAGUUUGAGAAAUUGUCAAUGAUGUUUCCUUCAAUCAUUUCCUUCAUUUGAUAGAGUUUAUUUAUUCAAGCACAUGCUAGAUUUUCAUAUGCAUUUUGUUUUGUUCA